AUGGACCCGACAUCGCUCAUCCAACACCCUACCCUCACCUGGGAAGCCGUCAAUGACGGUGCAGUCUUUUACUCUAGACGUCAUGUCUAUCACAUGAAUUGGAAUCUUGGCGCUGGCGGUGGAGGGAGCGACUUGAGUGGUUAUGUCGUCGCCGCUGCCAGGUUUGGUGGUCCAAUUGCCAUCAUCCGUGACAAUUCGAAACUCAUCGCACUCGGACGUACGACGUUUACGAAACCCGUUAUUCUCGUCUAUUCUUCCGCGGGGACACAACUCGCGAGCAUCACUUGGGAGCUCAGUAAAAUCGUCGCUCUUGGAUGGACAAUGUCUGAAGAACUCGUCGUGCUCAAUGAAGACGGUCAAUAUCGUUUAUACGACCUCCUCGGCACAACAUAUCGCACCUAUUCACUUGGCCCAGAAGCUGCAGAGACGGGUGUCGUCGAUGCGCGAAUAUUCGAGGCUGGUCUCGUUGCUCUGACAGGAAAUUUGAGUUUUCUCGAGGUUAGGGCUUGGAGUGGCAGUAAACCGACCGUCUUGAGCUCGCCUGUAUUGACGGGUCCGCCUAUUACUUGGACAAUUAUCCCGCCCGACCAGACAUCCUCUCGACAUGCAGAAGUCAUCAUGGCCGUCGAAGGUACAAUCUACACGUGCGAUAAUCUGGAACAUAUAGACCAGCAACUCGGCGGCUCGGGUCCCUUUACACACAUUGCAGUUUCGCCCAACGGCCGUUCACUCGCCCUCCUCACCUCUUCCUCCAACCUCUGGGUCAUCACAUCCGAUUUCCAACGCAAGAUUCUCGAAUUUGACGUUUCCUCUCUCGCAGCUACCUCUUCUACCUCUACACCAAUCCAACUCGCCUGGUGCGGCUCCGACGCCGUCCUUUUAUCGUACCCAACCACCGUCGUCCUCCUCGCACCAGGAGGCGAAACACUCACGUAUCACUACGUGUCUACACCCUACAUGGUCACCGAGCCUGAUGGCGUCCGGGUGUUGAACAAGGAGGAUUGCGAGUUUGUGCAACGUGUGCCUGAUAGUCUCGAAAAGGUGUUUAGACCCGGGAGUACGGCACCCGCGGCAUUUUUAUUCGACGCGAGCGAGAGUUUUGCCAGGAAUGCGUCCUCUUCUUCUUCGGUGGGUGUUGGGGUCGGCAGUGGGAGUGCUGGACGUGCGAGGACAGAUGAGAGUAUUCGUGCGCUUAAGCCUGAUUUGGCUUUUGCCGUUGAUGCGUGUAUUGACGCUGCGGGCAGAGAGUGGGAUGUCGCUUGGCAGAAAAAGCUCCUUGCGGCUGCCAAAUUUGGACGGGCGUUUAUCGACUUGUAUGACCCACGUCCGUUUGUCGCCAUGGGUCAAACGCUCAAAGUCCUCAACGCGAUUCGGUACUAUGAAAUUGGGAUCCCGAUGACGUAUCAGCAGUACACGCUCCUUUCACCCGAAGAACUCCUCGCGCGCCUGACGUCGCGGUCAAUGCAUCUUCUCGCACUUAGAAUUGCCAAUUUCUUGUCCAUCAAGCCUGAUGCCGUACUCAAACAUUGGGCGUGUGCAAAGAUUAGCAAGACGCGACCGGACGGCGGGAUUGGUGGAGGGAUUGGUGGGGUAUCUGGGACGGCAGAGGAUGACGAAGAUGUUGCGAGGGGGAUUGUGGAGAAAUUCGAGGCGAUGGGUGCGGGUGCUGGGAGUGCUGGUGUUAGUUAUGCGGAGAUUGCGAAGAGAGCUUGGGAGAGUGGACGGAAUCGGCUGGCUACGGCGCUACUCGACCACGAGACGAGGGCAGCAGAGCAGGUACCCCUUUUACUAGGGAUGCGAGAGGAUGGGCGAGCGCUGGAAAAGGCGGUGGACAGUGGCGACACGGACCUCGUUUAUCAAGUCCUUCUCAACCUUCACAAGCGGCUCCCUCUUGGCGACUUUUUCAAACUCAUCGAAGAUGGUGGUCCAAAAGUCGCACCUGCUUCGCGGUUGCUCCAGAUCUACGCACGAGACCAGAACCGGGAAAUGUUGAGAGACUUUUUCUAUUCGGAUGAUCGACGAGUGGACAGUGGGCUGUUACUCCUUGAAGACGCGUCUACGCAAGAGGAUCUGACGGCGCGGAUCAAUUCGAUCAAAGCGGCCCAGAAAUUCUUCUCCGAGGACCGCGAGCGAGGGUUCGAGGCACGGAUGAUGGACGAAAAUGCACGUUUGCUCGCGCUGCAGCAGACGCUAGAAAAAGACGUGGAUGGUAAAGCGGCCUUUGUAGGGCUCAGCGUUGGCGAUACGAUCAUGCUCUGUCUACAGUGUGGGUUGCACAAGCGGGCGGAAAAGGUGCGAAGUGAUUGGAAGGUGUCCGACAAACAGUUUUGGUGGCUCAAGCUACGGGCGUUGACGGAAGCAAAGGCGUGGGACGAACUCGAUGCAUUCUCAAAGUCCAAGAAGAGUCCUAUUGGAUACGAGCCGUUUGUGCGGCACCUAGUCAGCAAAGGGUUCCACCAGCAGGCUGCAGCUUAUGUCGCGAGAUGCGACGCUGCCAAACGCGGCGAGCUCUACAUGCUCUGCAAUGAGUACCGCGCUGCUGGGAAAGAAUUCAAGGAUCGUGGAGACAAGGCUGGCCUCUCGGAGUUGGUUCGGACAUGUCCUGAUCGUCUUAUUGCACGCGAACUCCAAGGAUUGCUAUCGUCUAUGUAG